UACUGGUGCGUACUGGUGCGUACUGGUGCGUACUGGUGCCCACUGGUGCGCGGUGCCCAGCCCAGGAUGCGGGGGGCCCAGCGCUCCUGCCUGCUGCUGCUGCUGGCCUCGGCCUCGCUGGCCGCGCUGCUGCUGCACCUCUGGGCCCCCAAGGGCCCCCCCAGCGUGGACCUGCGCCGGCCCCCCCCCGAGCGCCUGCUGCCCCCCCCCAUGGCCCCCCCAGCCCGCGCCUACCCCCACGUCCCCUUCCGCAUCAAGGAGGAGGUCAUGGAGCUGCUGCCCAGGAACGGGUGCUCCUGCGAGGCCGAGGCGGGGCUGGCGCUGCCCCUCCAGCGGCAGCUCUUCGGGCAGGGCCCCGGCGUCGACUUCGCCAGCACCUUCGGCCCCGGCGAGAGGCUGCGGCUGCAGCGCCAGCGGGAGCGCGAGUACCACAGCUACCGCCUGCGGGUGCAGUCCCCGGCCGAGCGGCUGCUCAUCGUCCGCGCCAACUCCCCCCUGGAGUACCCGGCCCAGGGCGUGGAGGUGCGGCCGCUGCAGACCGUGCUGGUGCCCGGGCUCAGCCUGCAGGCCAGGGCCAGGAAAAGCUACCAGGUGAACCUGACGGCCACCAUGGGGACGCUGGCGGUGGCCGCCGUGGUGGAGGGCGUGGAGCUGCGGGGGGAGGGGCAGCCCCGCCUCUCGCUGGCCGCCGCCCGCCUGGACCACCUCAACCGCCAGCUCCAGUUCGUCACCUACACCAACACCCUCUUCCACCCCGACACCGCCGACAUCGUGCAGUUCUCCACCCCCGGGCACGAGGCCGCCUUCGCCAUCCGCAUCCGCCACCCGCCCCCCCCCCGCCUCUACGGCCACGGGGCCCCCGGCGACGACGGGGACGACGGGGACAGCGGGGACAGAGCGUACAACGUCUCGGCGCUGGUGACGGUGGCCACCAAGACGUUCCUGCGGUACGAGAAGCUGCGGGGGCUCAUCGCCAGCAUCCGCCGCUUCUACCCCACCCUCCCCAUCGUGGUGGCCGACGACAGCCAGCGCCCCGAGCCCCUGCAGGGCCCCCACAUCGAGCACUACCUCAUGCCCUUCGGCAAGGGCUGGUUCGCCGGGAGGAACCUGGCGGUGUCGCAGGUGACCACCAAGUACGUGCUGUGGGUGGACGACGACUUCAUCUUCACCCCCCGCACCCGCCUGGAGAAGCUGGUGGACGUGCUGGAGAGAACCAGCCUGGACCUGGUUGGCGGCGCGGUGCGGGAGAUCACGGGCUACACCACCACGUACCGGCAGCGGCUGACGGUGCGGGGGGGGGGCGCGGGGGGGGACUGCCUGCGGACGCGGCCCGGCUUCCACCACCGCCUGGCCGGUUUCCCCGCCUGCGUCGUCACCGACGGCGUCGUCAACUUCUUCCUGGCCCGCACCGACAAGGUCCGGCGCGGGUUCGAUCCCCGCCUCCGCCGGGUCGCCCACCUCG